AGAGAAACUUCCGUGGAGCGGGGCGUGUCGCGGACUCCAGGUUCCAUUUGCCAAAGCUGCGUCGUGCGAGUGAAAGGGCUCCCCUCGGGCCGAGGCCUGGGGACGUCGGUGUGACGUCAGCUGGCGCCCGCGGGCCUGGGCAGUGGCGCUUUCGCCUCCACGUUGAGAGCCGCUGGCGGGGAGGCCGCGGCUCCGUCCGCGCCUGCGUGCGGGCCGAUCGCCUGCCCCCAGCGUGGCCCCUUUAGUUGAACCCGAGCGGAAUGAGCGCGGGGCGGCCUCGCGCGUCUCCCCGUGCUGUCAGUGCCUUGUGUCCGGAAGGGUUAGAGGCGGGUGCGCUGGAGACAGAAGUAGGUUUGAAAGAAGAGAUGGAAUUCUUUACAAAGUCAAAAAGAGAAUCCCUUAUGAAUUUUUUUUCUUUUUAAAAAAAAGGGGGGGAAGGGGUGGAGAAAUAACAGGACACAGUAGAGAGAAUGAGCUCUACCUGACUGGUUUUCUUUGGACCAGCUCUACCUCUUGGCCUUAUUCUUAUUUUUAGAAAUUAGGGGUAGCGCUCCACCCGCGGUUUUAAAACAGUUCCAUAGGACUUGAGAAGUUUCUUGGAGCUUUGUAGGAGAGAGACAAAGUAAGCAGACCCUCAGCAGCUAUUUUAUAUAUUUUGCUUGAAAAACAGGGUUUCUGUUAAGAAAAUUAAAUUCUUAUCUGAGACUAGAUGAUCGGUGUUUCCUUCUAGCAUUUAAAUUCCGUUUCUUAGGAUAAUUAUUCAUUUGUUGUCAGUGUGCAUUUAUGUAUUAGUUUUUUAAAAUAAAAUAUGUAUGUUCACAGAUAAUUCAUUACUAAAAGCCGUAAACAUGUCUGUCUUCAGUCUCACUUGUCUAAUAGAUACAGAUUUCAAAUUUAAUUACUUCUUUAUGAUCAGAAUAGUAAUUCUUUAUUUUUCUUUCUUCCCCCUACCCUUUUCUUUUAGCCACAACAUUUUUACUUAUAUUCAAAGCUUGUAAUCAUCUUUGCAAUAGGAAGGCAGGUAUUUUCCAUUUGACGUGCUUGGUGGCUGAACGUUACAGAUGUCAGCAGUCUUGCCCAGAAUCACAUUGCUAGUAAAGUUCUUAGUCCUAGCUGCACAUUUUCCUCGCAGCAUCACAUGAUUUCAAAGUUUCUUUCCCUCUUGUACUCCACCGUGCACAGGUUCCUAUAGCACAAGGGAAAUGUAUGCCAUAUGCACAAUCUUUGUUUCUGCACAAAAGUUCUGCUCUGAAUCACUCCUUCCUUUUUCUUUUCCCCCCGCUUUUGAUUAUCUGGGUCGGGCAACCUAGCAGCAAAUUGGAUGUUUCCUGUAUCUCUUUCCUGUGAAAUGUCAGCAGUCUCUAAACAUCCCAUGCUCCUCUUCAGUUCCUUCAGAAUGUGGAAGAAACCUCAGGAGAGAGCCCUGACUGCUCCUCUUGCCCUGGGUCUGUAAUGUUGGUGCUGCAAAUACCAGAGCUGUGAUUUCUAUACCUGCAAGUGGAGGGCCGAGAGGAGGGUCUGGGCACCCUCCGUGGGCUGUUGAUCACUUCUUCCCACCCUUUCCCACCUACACAACCACAUGCCCUUUUCUGUGGUUUGUUUGUUUUUUCUAUUUAAUAUGUUUUCUUUUUAUCAAAGCACCCCCUUCUUACCUGCCUGUCAAUAAAGGUGAGAUAAAAUUUCAUCCAUGAGUCUUUUCUUUCUUUUUACUGUUAAAACGUAAAAACCAAGAGCUCUAGAGUAAUUCCGUUUUGAUUGUGCAUAACCAUUCCCUUCCAGUGUUAGAUGAGUUGGCCUGGCCUCUGCUUUGGACAUAGUAUGUGUUCACGGUCUUUAAGUGAGUGUUCAUGCCUCAUUUUUUCACCCACAUAUUUCCUUUGUGCAGAUUGGAGUCAGUCUCUCCAAACGGUUCUCUGACCGCAUGCAGAAGCAGGGAGGGGGAAUGUGGAUGACGCGCAUCCCAGGCAACUUGGGUAAACCGACCACGUUCCUGUUGUUUCUUUCCCCAUCCGCAGUCCUGCGAGUGACUGGCAAUCUGGUCCCAAAGAGAAAAAACUCUGCUUUGAGCUCCACGUGUCCAUACUACUGAUUUCCUUUUGUGUGUUCCACAAUUUCUCUGGUGUUUACUAGAAAUUUACCAAUUGCCAGUUUGGCCUUAAACAGCACCUGACCAGGAUGAGGCAAGGAUUUCACAGAGCUUGCAGCCAAUCCCCACUGCUGUAGGCCUAGAAGUCUCCUCGGAGCUCCAGGAAAGGGGAACAGAGCCCUUUGGAGAAGUCAUGGCUUCCAGAGAAGAGAAGGCGAAGAGCACACACAGGGUGCUCAGAAUAAGUCAGUUGGAUGCCCUUGAACUGAACAAGGCCCUGGAGCAGCUGGUUUGGUCCCAGGUCACCCAGUGCUUCCACGGGUUUCAGCCCGGGCUGCUAGCCCGCUUUGAACCUGAGCUGAAAGCCCUCCUGUGGCUUUUCUUGUGGCGCUUCACCGUAUACUCCAAAAACGCCACUGUGGGCCAGUCGGUUUUAAAUAUCCAGUACAAGAACGAUUUCUCCACAACCCUGAGAUACCAGCCCCCGAGCAAGAACCAGAAGCUCUGGUACGCGGUGUGCACGAUCGGCGGGAAGUGGCUGGAAGAGCGCUGCUACGAUCUGUUCCGAAACCAUCACUUGGCCUCCUUCGGGAAAGCCAAGCAGUGUGUGAACUUUGUGGUGGGACUUGUGCAGUUGGGGGGGCUGAUUAACUUCCUGAUUUUCCUCCAGAAGGGCAAGUUUGCAACUCUGACGGAACGUCUGCUAGGCCUGCGCUCCGUGUUCUGCAGGCCCCAGCAGGCACGCGAGGUGGGCUUCGAGUACAUGAACAGGGAGCUUCUCUGGCACGGCUUUGCUGAGUUCCUCAUUUUCCUCCUACCGCUCGUCAACGUCCACAAGUUGAAGGCCAAGUUAUCUUCGUGGUGCAUCCCCCUUACCGGUGCUCCUAACGGGGACAGCACCUUGGCCAGCAGCGGCAAGCUGUGCUCCCUGUGCGGGGAGUGGCCCACCAUGCCCCACACCAUAGGCUGUGAGCACGUCUUCUGCUACUACUGUGCCAAGAGCAGUUUCCUGUUCGACAUGUUCUUCACCUGCCCUAAGUGUGGCACAGAGGUGCACAGUGUGCAGCCGCUGAAAUCAGGAAUCGAGGUGUCCGAAGUGAACGCUCUUUAGAAACUGGAGUUGUUUUCUCCACAGAGAACCGUAUUAUGUUGAAAUCCUUAAUAUUAUCACCCCGAGUGUGCCACUUAGGUGUCUUUUAUGAGAACAUGUGCUUCUUAGCCACUGUUCUGUUCCUUGCUGGGCAUGACUAAAAUCUAAUCACUGGAAUCCACAGGUUUCUAAAUAUAUUCUGUGAAUGGUAAUGUAUUAUUUUCUUUAAUGAUGGCAUUCAGUGUCUAAUGUCAGAAGUAAUGGACAGUUUUUGUCAGAUAACUAUUAGCAGUGCUCUCUCACUCUGCUACUUCCUAGAACAAGGUUAGACUCUAAAAAUAAAAGGUUUUGGAGACUCUGGGAGGAGUGCAUUUUAUUUUCAGAGAUGGUGUUAUUGCAUCAUAAUCUGACAGUGAUCAGAUCCUGUUGUUUUAAAUCUUCUGAUCUGAUGGCCCAGUCGUAAUUCUAAGCUUUUCUCUGAAGCCAGUUUUAAGAAGUUCAGUUGGCCCCCUUCUCUGACCCAACUGGAAUAAGAACUUCUUGCCUGAUGGCUCAGCAAAGCCAGGAGCUCACUGUCAUUGGUCUGCCUGGAAUUGUGUUAACACUCCUGGACCAGGAUGGAAAAAUUUCCCGAUUACUCCAGUGUGGGUGACAUCCCCUCCCAUAAACCACAUGACCAUGAAGGGGGCGUGUCAGAUCAUAGGAAACGAGGUGCUGGUAAAAGAAUGGUGGGUGAUGGGCAGGUAGACACCAUAGGUCCCUCCUGGAGUCACUAUUUCCCUUCUUAGUACCCAAAGUUUAGUGCAAUCUUAAUAUUUUAUCAGUGACCUAGUUUGAUAAGGACAUUAAUAAGUAACUGGAUGGUGGUCUUAGAUUGCAGAUUUGAAAGGAUGAAAUAAAGUCAACAAGAUUUUGUUACACCAACAA